AAUGAUGCAUAGGUGCCAAGCUUAUUUCUAAGGACGGUGACCUAGUUGUUAAGUUGCAGCCAGGUUUGGGAUAUUUAUUCAUGAUGCACAUUGCCCGCAUAUUUCAAGCUCAGCAUUUUCCGCUCACAAAGGCUUUGCUAAAAUGGAGAUUUUCCAACCAAAUAUUAGUGACUUCAGUGUAUCAAAAACACACUGGGACAAGGAAAUACAAAGCUGUGAUCUUUGAUAUGGGUGGAGUUCUUAUCCCAUCACCAUACAAGAUUGCUAGAGAAUGGGAGACACAGAAUCAGAUUACACCUGGGACCAUUAAGCAAACUCUUUUCCUUGGAGGUGACAAUAUCUGGAUGAGGUACAUGCGUGGAGAGUUAAGUGCUGAAGAAUUUGAAAAAGAGUUUCAUGACCAGUGUUCUGAAAUGGUUGGUAGAAACGUGCCAGUAAAGUCUUUCCUUUCUGCAAUAAGUGAUGUACACUCGAUGAAGCAGCUUCCACUAAUGACAGAGGCAAUCCAGUGCAUUCGUGCAGAAGGACUUCUGACAGCUGUUCUGAGUAAUAAUUUUUAUCUGCAUAAUGGAGAAAGUUUUCUGCCACUAGAUAAAACGCAGUUUGAUGUGGUUGUUGAAUCAUGCUUGGAAGGUAUAUGUAAACCAGAUCUUCGUAUUUAUGAACUUUGUUUAAAGCGUUUGAAAGUUCAGCCUGAAGAAUCCAUCUUUCUUGAUGAUCUUGGACACAACUUAAGACCAGCAGUCCAGUUGGGGAUCACCACAAUCAAGGUCGUUGAUCCGGCAUUGGCUAUUAGAGAGUUGGAAAUGCAUUUGGGGUUUCCGCUGAGUGGUUACGUCCAUGGGACCUGCAAAGUAAGGAAAACAAUGGAAAUCCCUGUGGAUCCCCUGAAGAAUUACCUUGCAAAGGUUCUAGCCUGUAGUACAGAAGAGUCUCUCGUUCUACGACAGUUUAGUCAUGGACAGUCUAACCCCACGUAUUAUGUCAAAAUUGGUAACAAUGAAUUAGUGUUAAGGAAGAAGCCACCUGGCAAGCUGCUUCCUUCUGCACAUGCAGUGGAAAGAGAAUUCAGGGUAAUGAAGGCCCUUGGAGAUGCAGGGGUUCCAGUGCCUCAAGUAAUUGAACUCUGUGAAGACUCAAGCAUUAUUGGGACUCCGUUUUACAUUAUGAAAUACUGUACUGGUAAAAUCUACAAAGAGCCUGCUUUACCAGGGCUGGAUGCAAGUCAACGGAGAGACAUUUAUGCCGCUAUGAACCAAGUUUUGUGUCAAAUUCAUAAAGUUGACAUCAAAUCUGCAGGUCUGGAGGACUUCGGCAAGUAUGGUAACUAUGUUCAACGUCAAGUGCAGACAUGGAGUAAACAGUACAAGGCUAGUGAGACCCAUACCAUUUCAUCAAUGGACAGACUUAUGCAGUGGCUUCCAGAGAAUCUUCCAGCACAAGAGCAAACCACCAUUGUACAUGGAGAUUUUAGGUUGGAUAACCUCAUUUUCCACCCAGAAAGGCCAGAAGUGCUUGCUGUACUAGACUGGGAAUUGUCUACACUUGGAGAUCCCAUGUCAGAUGUGGCAUAUAGCUGUGUAGCUCAUUGUUUGCCUUCUGAUUUCCCUAUUCUAAAAGGCAUGCGUAACUAUAACUUGUCAGAGUUAGGAAUACCUACAGCAGAUGAAUUCUUUCGUAUGUAUGCACAGAACAUGGGAAUUCAACCUGUAGAAAACUGGAAUUUCUACAUGGCAUUUUCUUUUUUUCGAAUAGCUGCAAUCCUGCAGGGGGUGUACAAGCGCUCACUAACAGGCCAAGCAAGUUCAGCACAAGCAGAAGAGGCUGGAAAAAUGGCAGAAAAUAUGGCGGACCUAGCUUGGGAAUUUGCUAUAAAAGAGGGAUUUCGUCUGUUCAAAUCUAUUCCAGUGUCACCUUCUGUUAGUCAAAAGAGAACCUAUAGCACAUGGUCCUCUUUCAAGUCCCCUACUGUUGGUAUCUCUGUAUAUACCAACAGUCCACAUCAUAACAGAGAACUCUGCUCUAAUCCAGCCCACUCUUCAAAAAAUUCUUUCAUUAUCUCACCCAGUGGUCUUGAUGAGCGGGUUCAAGCUUUGUACUACAAGCUUAAGGCAUUCAUAGAGCUCAAUGUAUAUCCCAAUGAGCAGAAACUUCGUGAUCACCAGAACUCCGUGGACAGAUGGACACCACAUCCACUUGUAGAAGAACUGCAGGUGAAAGCUAAGUCAGAGGGACUGUGGAACCUUUUUUUACCUUUCGAGACAGAUCCUGAAGUUAAAUAUGGAGCGGGAUUAACAAACCUAGAAUACGCUCAUCUGUGUGAACUCAUGGGACGAUCAGUAUAUGCUGCUGAGAUAUUUAACUGUUCAGCACCAGACACUGGAAACAUGGAAGUUUUGAUUCGCUUUGGGACAGAGCAGCAAAAGGAGCAGUGGUUGAAACCCUUGUUAGACGGCAAGAUUAGGUCUUGUUUUGCUAUGACAGAACCUAAGGUUGCGUCUUCAGAUGCUACCAACAUUGAGGCUUCAAUCCAAGACGAUGGUGAAUAUUAUGUCCUGAAUGGCCAUAAAUGGUGGAGUUCAGGUGCUUUGGAUCCUCGCUGCAAAAUUUGUAUAUUCAUGGGAAAGACUGAUCCCAAGGCUCCACGACACAGUCAGCAUGCUAUGAUCCUUGUUCCCAUGGAUACACCAGGGGUAAAGGUCAUCAGACCACUCACUGUCUAUGGUUUAGAAGAUCCUCCAGCUGGACAUGGAGAGAUGCUGUUUGAAAAUGUACGAGUACCUAAGGAGAAUAUUAUUUUGGGUCCAGGCAGAGGGUUUGAAAUUGCUCAGGGAAGGCUGGGACCAGGACGUAUACAUCACUGUAUGAGACUUAUUGGACAUGCAGAAAGAUCACUAGAGCUUAUGAAAGAACGGGUUAAGACCCGUGUUGCAUUUCGAAAACCAUUGGCAGAGCAAGGCACAAUUAUGGCAGACAUUGCCAACUCCAGGGUUGAAAUAGAACAGGCAAGACUGCUUGUUUUUAAAGCUGCACAUCUUAUGGAUACAGUUGGCAAUAAGGCUGCAGCUUCAGAGAUAGCCAUGAUUAAACUGGUGGCACCAAAUAUGGCAUUAAGGGUCAUUGAUAGGGCCAUUCAGGCAUUUGGAGCAGCUGGAUUAAAUAGUGACUAUCCACUUGCACAGUUCCUUUGCUGGGCACGUGCUCUUCGUCUAGCAGAUGGCCCAGAUGAAGUUCAUAGAAUGACAGUGGCGAAAAUAGAGAUGAAAAAUUGAUGUCUUUAAAAUUUAUAAGGCACAGUUGAAAUAAUCUUCACAAGUUUCGAUUGGAUAUUUUUUGAAAAGACCAGCAAUAUUUCAGUCUUUUAUAAAUUAUUGGCCAAUCAGUAUGUCAUUUCAAUAUAUUAGUCAUAAGUGUCUGUAAAAAUGAGAGUCAAAGUACAGUGUGUUUAAGUUUCACCUGCAAUUUAAAGGUGAUACUGUCUUUAAUAGUGCAAUCUUUAACGGUGCUGUGAUUAAAUUUGCCAAAGUUUUUUAAAAGCACUAAUGUGCUUUGUCAACUUAUCAAAUUUGAUUAGACGUGGUACAAUCCUAACUACAACCUAGUAUAAAAAAACAGCAUAGUAAACAAAAAAAGGAGUUUACAAUAGCUUGAAUGUAAAUUAAUUUUGUUUCAUGAUUUUUAUAUCCUAAAUGAAUAUGUAAGUAUUUGUGUGUGUGUGUGUGUGUGUGUGUGUGUGUGUGUGUGUGUGUGUGUGUGUGUGUGUGUGUGUAUAUAUAUGUAUAUGAUGUUAAUAUGCAAAAAAAUUAAACUGCCUCAUAAUUCUGAUAAGUUAGUUUUAUUUACAUGGGCUGAUAGAAGUAUCCUUGUGAAGUGUUUGUUUUUAAAAGGAAAAGUGUGUUGUGUACUUAAGAGAAAAAAUGUUCAGGUUUUCAGGAUGUACUUAUAGAUCAGUGAAACCUUUUUAUGCUGCUUCCAGAUGAUAUUGUUCAGUAGCUCUGCAUGUUGUGUUUUUUUUUUUCUAAGUACAGAGGAAAAAUGUACUUAGAAGUUAGUGAAAGUGUUCCUUACCUUUACACUUGAAACCAUACCUCCCAACUGUCCAGAUUUUUGUCUAAUAUUUUUGAUAUUUUCCUUAUAACAUCUGUGGU